CUUCAGUAUUCUCUUUGCAUGUUUCACUGCUGGAGUCUGCGCGAUGUGACCUAACCUCGAAUUAUGCGGAAAAGCAAGUGGGAACAACCUCUGCGAUUCACUUCCUAGUGUAGGGUUUCAUUGCCGUUCGCACACCCUCCGUUGAGCCUCAGACACUGUGGCGGUGAUUUAGGCUCCGGACUUCGACCGGACGCGCCUCACGGGCCACCUGAAGGCUGUCAGCGCUGGACUUUGGACCAGCAGCAAAAAAACGAGAGACAAUGUACUUGGAAAGUUUAUGAGGAGGCCUUGAUUUGAUCCCUCUUCUCUCGUAGGGACACCUCGUCUGCGCUGAGGGCUCCUACCUGUGCUGACUUGUCGCUGCGCACUGGACUGAGGUGGGGGAGUCAAACCCACAGACACACCUUAUUUACCUUUUGUGGCUCAACUGCGCCCCCAUCCCGCCCUUUGUUUCUCUGAGAGCGGAAGAAUAAUCUGUCCGAGCCCUGAAAUGUCGACAAAUGAGAGAGCAACCCGCGCACUGAGGGAGAUCCUACAGAAGCCUGGAAAUGACACCUGCGCGGACUGUGGCGCCCCGGACCCUGUGUGGGGCUCCACCUCCCUGGGGGUGUUCAUCUGUCUGGCCUGCUCUGGGAUCCACCGCAACCUUCCCAACAUCAGCAAGGUCAAGUCGCUGAGCCUGUCCCACUGGGAGGACCAGGAGCUGCAGUUCAUGGCUAAGAAUGGUAAUGAGCUGAUGAAGACUAAAUAUGAGGCUGCUGUUCCGGCCUACUACUACAAACCAACCCACAAAGACUGCCAGGUGUUGAGGGAGCAAUGGAUAAGAGCAAAGUACGAGAGGAAGGAGUUCUCUGAGCCGGGGAAACAUUUUACAUAUGAGGAAGGGACUAGAGAUGGCAUAUUGCUGAAGAGAGGGCGGGGUAACGGGCAGUUCCUGAGCAGGCGAUUCGUCCUUUCAGACAGGGAGGGGACUCUGAAGUACUUCACCAAAUAUGACACACCUCCUCCUCCAUUCCUCCUGCAGGCUAAGGAGCCCAAAGCAGUGAUCAAGGUGGACACCAUCAAUGCAACCUUCCAGCCAGAGAAGAUAGGAAACCCCAAUGGCCUGCAGAUCACCUACCUGAAAGACUACAGCACCCGCAACAUCUUUGUCUACCAUGAAAACGGCAAGGUGAUCGUAGACUGGUUUAAUUCGAUUCGUGCAGUUCAGCUUCACUAUCUAAAGGUGGCCUUCCCUGGAGCGACAGCUGCUGAGCUGGUGCCCAAACUUACCCGGAACUUUCUGAAGGAAGGAUACAUGGAGAAGACAGGUCCCAGGCAAACAGAAGGUUUCAAGAAACGCUGGUUCACUCUGGACCAGAGGAGACUCAUGUACUUCAAAGAUCCACUGGACGCCUUUGCCAAAGGUGAAGUCUUCUUGGGGAGCAAGGACCACGGUUACAACGUCUCCCCCGGCUUGCCCACUGGCACCUACCGCAACGGCGCCUGGCAAUACGGUAUCACCAUAGAAACGCCUGACCGCUCCUUCCUGUUUACUUGUGAGACAGAAAGUGACCAGCAGGAUUGGCUGAAGCACUUCAACGGUGUCAUGAAUGCUCCGAUGUCCCCUCAGGAGUACACAAUGGAAGCCAUGUUCAAACAUAGGCCUUGAUGGAAUAAGCCUGUGGGACCAUCUCCUCUCCUCUCAGCCCAUCACCAGUCUGACACAGGACCCACAUCACUUCCAUCACUGACUCCCACAGCAUGACCUUCAUCACUAAUAAGACUGGAGCUUGAUGCUACUGUAGGUCCUAAAGAGACUCUUUAACAAUGGCUUUAAGUGUCUAAACAAGAAAAACAAGGUGAUAUUCAUUGGUAAUUUUUUUUAAAUGGCCAAAAGAAAAGGUAAUACUUGAUGGCAGAGAAGUAUUCGAUAAGAUGGUUGCAGCUUUGGCAUUCACUGCCAUGCUGUUUUUGCAGCACACAUCCAAGAAACUAUCUUGUCAGUGAAACAGUCUGGGGAGUACUAUAACAGCUUUCUUCUUUGAUUUUAUUUAGAUGAUGUUUGGAUGACUCUAGUCUCUAAAAAGACAUUUUUAAGAUGAGAAGUACCUUACUCCUCAUUUAUUGAGUAUUUUAUGUCAACAUUUGAUGUGAUGCUUGGGUAACACUAAGGUACAGUGAGUCAGAUGGGUCAAACAGGUACAGACCAGCAACCUGACAGAACACAAUUGUAGACCGCUUUCUUAAACAAAAAACUUAAUGUUAUUCAUUGGUUAUUUUACUGUGAACUAUGUAAUUAUUACUGACAAAAAAAUUAGAAGAGUAUUGCAGCCCGUUUCAUUGGUUACAGCUUAUUAUUGUGCUGUUUCUAUUGAAAAGGGCAAAAAUAUUAUAUAUUUUGCAUUUUUCUAAUUCUCCUUUUGAAUAAAGUGAGUACAUCUGUCAAAGACAUAAUUGAAAGAUAAUAAAGGAAAUUUGUAAAUGCAUUGGGAUAGAAAUGCUGAAAACACUGCAAACCAUUAUAUGUUCAUUUAACAGCGCUUCAAUGUGGCAUACACUGCGUCUUUGUUUAAAAAUAAUUCAAACAAUGCACAUUUUCCCCCUGUUUUCGUAGAUAUCAACCAACCAGUUGGUUUUAGUGGUAUUUUUACGUGUCUUUUUACUUUUCUGGUUAAAGAGGUACUCACUGUUUGUGCUGAUAUGGUGCCAUGUGUUAUUUUAAAUGCAUGUCUAUGCUUGACCAUGGCUGACUG